AUGAGGGCUACAGAUACCAAAAGAACACUUCCUAUUCGUGCAUCUGCACCUAUACCCGACGAUGAAGAUUCCGACCCGACCUCAUCUUCCGGCUCCUCUUCUGAUAGCUCAAGCGAAGAUGAUUCUUCAGACGAUGAACAAGAGAACAUUCACCACGAGAACCAAGCCACAUCUUCUUCGAACACAUCAUCAAUACCGAAUCUCUCUGGACGUCCUAAGCCACGCAUACGUAAAAUGGAAGGGAACUCGGAGCUGCUGUCGAGAUUGUCUGCAUUUCUACCUAAGAUGAAGAGUGCCAAUGAGGAUUUGGAGAAGGAGAUUGCAGCAGGAAGGGGCAAAGAUGUGGUUUUGGAUGAAGUUGAGGAUAAUAAAGACUAUAUUGAAAUGAAUCUUGGUUUAGGUGUAUUGGAGGAAAAACGUGACAAUGAAGAUUCUAGUGAGGAUCAAGAUAACAAGGACAAAACUACAGAUGAUUCGGAUAUUCUGGAAAAAUUGAUGGGCGGCAAAGAUUUGGAUGCGGAUAAACCGUCGAUUGAGGAGUUGGGACAUUGA